UUUCCCGGUGCAACAUUGUACCGAUCUCCAGUAUAACGCAAACAAACCAAGAAAGGUGCAAAGGUCAAGGUGUGCUUCUCACCGACAUUUCUUGGCACCGGGAAUAACAUUUAACGAGCAUGUUCGUUGUCGGCCACAAUUAUUUUACUGCAUUCUGCAUUGCUACUGCAAAAGCCGCCCCAGUCCACUAUCAAUCGCUGACCCGUGCACUGUGCAGUAAAUCGAGAAUGUACCGCGUACUGCUUCUUCUCAUCGCCGCCGUGGUGGUCAGCGGCGAGCUGCGCGUGGACCAUACGGAGAACACCAUGGCGGUCCGCUCGCCGCUCUUCAAUAACGCCAACGGCGCCGCCCGGGCCGCCUGCACGGAGGGUGCCACGGCGGAGCAGAUGAGCUCGCGUAUCGCUGACCGCAUGAAGGACGUCCGCAAGGAGAAGUUCACCUGGCUGGUCACCGUGACGCCGACGGGCGCCUCUACCGGAAGCCGACCUACGCCAGGGAAAAACGAUCAAAUCUACGCCGCGGAUUGCAAUGGCCAGCAUAUUCGCAUCCACGGAAGGUUCACCGAGGCGACCUCAAAUUAGACGAGAACUGGAAUUCCCAACCCUCGUGAAUUAAAAGAUGAUACAAGACUUACUUUAAAAUUUCGUUCACUAUGGAUACGUAAAGAAAUUGUAUGCUUGUUUAGCGCAACAAGAUAUUUAUCAAAUGAUAAUGAAUAAGGGUCAUCACCGUA